CUGAAAGUGAAAACAAACUUCUGGGCUGCCCGUUUCAGUGGAAACACCACAUGUUUCGUUUCUCUUUUGUUUCCGCCCUCGGUGCUCAGUGAUGCCCGAAAGGACCGAUCAAGAGCCACCUUUCGAAGAGGAGGAGUUGCGCUCGACUUCCCUGGGGCUGGGGCGGGCUUGAAGCCAGGAAACUCCGGCGGGAAGGCCGAGAAAGAAGCGGCAGCCGCCACCGGUGUCUGCGGCAAAAGUGGAAUGUCUCGCAGGAGUCGACCUGCAAACGUGAGUCCGACUCCUGCCGCCCUUCCUCCCGCCUCCGGGGAGCCCUCCUUAGAGUGAUUUGCCGCGUUGAGACGCAUAUUCCUCCUUUCUUCGUAAGCAUGUGGGGCUAAGGUGGAGAGGGGAGACGGUCGCGAUUUCCCUGCAACCCCUGGAGCAAUAAAUAAACAUGGAGGCUGGGAAGCCAGGCGGCGAGGAGCAAAACCUCCAGGGCAACGGCGUGGGGGCUCCGGCGGACUCUGCCAUGGACAGCUACUUGCGAUCUCAGGGAUUAUACCGCAAGCGAGUGGCGAAGGACGGCUCUUGCCUUUUCCGAGCCGUGGCAGAGCAGGUUUUCCACUCCCAAUCUCAGCAUCUUGAUGUUAGAAUGGCCUGUAUAAACUACCUGAGGAAAAACAGAGAGCAGUUUGAAGCGUUUAUAGAGGGACCAUUUGAAGAGUAUUUGAAGAGCCUAGAAAAUCCACAGGAAUGGGUUGGACAAGUGGAAAUAAGUGCCCUUUCUCUAAUGUACAAAAAAGACUUUAUAAUAUAUCAGGAACCAAAUUCUGCUCCUUCAUAUGUAACUGAAAAUGGGUUUCCUGAUAAGGUAUUGCUGUGUUUUUCAAAUGGAAGUCACUAUGAUAUUGUCUAUCCUAUAGCAUAUACACUCAAUGCGGCUCUUUGCCAGUCUAUUCUCUAUGAAUUGCUGUAUGAAAAAGUAUUUGAUGUUGAUGUGAGUAAAAUCAUAGAAGACGUUGGCCGUCCUGAAACGACUAAGAGUGGCAAUGGAAACAGCGAAACAUCGGAUUCGGAAGAUGACACAGAAAGUGAAAUAGCUGCAGCAAGUUAUACAAAUGGAUUGAAGCUGCUGGUAGGCAAGAAGCAUCUUCACAAACAUGGAAAACCCAAUUCCAUUACCUUGCCUAGAAAAGUUCUUAGGUCACUCAAUCCAUCAAUUUGCCAAAAUAUUGAAUAUGAAGUCUGGCAGCAGUCAAAACGAGAUCAGCAAAAACAAGAUUUUUCUAUUGCUGCUGGCAUGCAGUAUUCAGUUGGAGAUAAAUGCAAAGUGCGUUUAGAUAACAGUGGAAGAUUCUAUAAUGCUCACAUCCAAGAAGUCCAGUCGGCAAACGGGCCAGUUAUUGUCUUUGUGGAAGAGCUUGGUGCCAAGCAGUCAGUACUGCUGAAGAACCUUAAGCCACUUCCACAGGCAGCUCCUUUGGGAAACUGGAGCACCGUGCCAGGGAAGAAGAUGAAAAAGCCAAUUCCAGUGCAUGGGCAAAAUAGUCAGACUGAUUCCGACUACAGAGGGCCAAAGAAUCCAAGCAAGCUAAUAAAAGCCCCUUUGGUGAUGCCUCCCCGACUGCAUAGCACAAGGCAGCAUCACUUAUCCAGUCCCGGGAUGCAUUCCCAGCAAACUCCUCCUGAGGCCAAAACUCCAGGCCAGAAUCCCUCGCAGGCGGCAAGAAAGGCAGAUCGUGAGAGACCAGAAGACUUGGACAGCAGAGACUGUAACUAUUUUGGCCUUUCUCCAGAGGAGCGCCGAGAGAGAGAGGCUAUAGAAGAAACACGUUCACUUUAUGAGAUUCAGUUCCGGGAUGAAGAAGCCUUUCCUGCACUUUCGAGCCCAUCAGUGUCUCAGAUAGCUACUCAAACUGCUGAUAACUCUGGAUGGAGAAAACAUCGAGUACCUAAUGGCAGAAGAACCAACAGUCUGAAAGAAGAGAAGGAAGAAAGAAAAGAUGUGGAAGCAAAAGAGGAGAAAGAGUCUGGGCAGACCCCCUUAAAUCAGAAGCUUGAGCCAAAAAUGUCUGAGAACCAAGAGGAAGAUGCAGGAGUAUCUCCUUCCUCAAGUCAUGGAGAUCCACAAUCCCCAUUUGUGAAACAAAGUUUCCAAGAUCAUUUGCCAGGUGUGAGUCCUACCCCACCCGUGGCCUUUCCUGAGAUGCAUUUGCCUCCUCCUUCAGUGCCUUCUGUACCAGCCAUUGUGCCAGCUUGGCCAAAUGAGCCAACAACCUAUGGACCAACAGGAGUUCCACCUCAAAUACCUGUGUCAUCGGUGAUGCAAACACCAGCAUCUGGACUCGAUUCCACUCUAUCUCCGGCCCAGGUGACCUCUAGUCCAGUUUCUGGCAUUCCAGUAUCACUCCAAGCAGUUAACCAGCCUUUAAUGCCUAUGCCUCAAGCACUGAAUCUUUACCAGGACCCACUAUACCCUGGAUUCCCUCUUAAUGAAAAGGGAGAGCGAGUCAUUACACCACCUUACUCCUUGUGCAGUACAGGGGAGGAUCUUCCAAAUGAUAAAAAUAUCCUCAGAUUUUUCUUCAACCUUGGUGUGAAGGCAUAUAGUUGUCCCAUGUGGGCCCCACACUCGUAUUUGUACCCUCUACAUCAAGCUUGCCUAACUGCCUGUAGAAUGUACCCAAAGAUGCCAGUUGCAGUGUAUUCACACAACCCUUGGAUGCAAGAGGUCCCUUUAACUCAGAAUGGAAAUGACGCUGCUCAGAUAGAUGGACACUUUCCUAUGCAGAAUGAAGUCAGAAUGAAUGGCCAGAGUCCACAGACUGACACCAUGUCCCCAUCCAUGCACCUAUUCAUACCUACUGCCCAAGUGCCUGAAAGCCAAGGACUUGUCUGCAUAGAGUCUGAGAAUCCAGGGCAAGUACUUCAUGCUGAAUACGAUGAGUCAUUAGGGGGCAAAAGCAUGUUCCCACAACCUUCAUUUGGGCAGAAUCCAUUUCUAGGACCUGUUCCUGUUGCACCACUUUUUCCCCAUCUUUGGUAUGGGUAUCCUGUUCAGGGCUAUGUUGACAAUUCUGGGGUGAGACAAGUAGUUGUGCCAUCUGAAGACAAGAGAGCUGAUGCUGGCUUGCCUAAGGAAAGCACUUCUCCAGUUCCAGUGGCAGGAUGUGCUGAGUUACUUCAGAAGGCCAAGGUUGAAAGCAGUGUCCAAGGCCUAACUCCCCCUGCAACAACUGCAAAGAGUGAAUGUAAUGUCCUAAAUAAAACCCCAACCAGAGUGCCUCGGGAGAAGCAGACUUGCUCUGCUGCCCCAUCUGCUACAGAAGCAGAGUCUGUACUCCAAACUCCUUCCCCAAAGAUGCAGGACAGCAGGAGGCAGAUGGUAUCAGCAUCAAAAACUGAAUUGGAAAAUGCUGCUCUUGGUCACAAAGAAAUGAGUGACAGAGCCAGGACUGCUGGCAACCUAUUGACAGGCCUGGAGGAACGUCAGGUACAAAGGCCAAGGGAAGAGAGUUCUGAAGAUGAAUGUGAAGUAUCUGAUAUGCUGAAAAGUGGUCGGUCGAAACAAUUUUAUAAUCAAACUUAUGGAGGUGGUCGAAGGCUUAGAAGUGAAUGGAACUACCCUCCUGGGCGGGGGGGAUACCAGUACCCGAGAAAUGAAGAAUCCUGGAAGGGGCCACGCACCAGAAACAGAGAUGAAGGCUACCAGUAUCACCGCAAUUUUAGAGGAAGACCUUAUCGGAAUGACAGAAGAAGAGGAAACAUGGGAGAUGGUCAUCAUGGGCAACAGUUGUCUUAAGAGUACUACUUCUAGAAGACUUCAACAUGCAUACUAAAGUUGACAGUUAAAAUAUGUCCAAAGGCUUGCACUCUUACUGCUUUCUUUAAAGACCAGAAUGCCCUUUUGUAUUUUUGAAGAGUGACAUGAGGCCCAAGGGGAAUAACCUUCUAAGUGUUAUAUAACUUUUUGGCAAUUAAAAAAAUGUUAAAUUUGAUUUAUUUAAUUUUUGAAGACUAUAUAACUAUUGUGUUUAAAAUAUUUAAUUGCAGUUUUUUGUGUGUUUGGCUUUAUUUUUGAAGUUUGUAAUAGAAGAAAGUGGCUACAAUGGAAACCUACUGCAGUUGAGUAUUUGACACAUGACAAAGAAGAAUGUUGUACCAAAUAGAAUGUAUAUCCUUGCAAACUGUAUCUUGGGUCUAAACACUCAGCUUCCUUGACGGUUGACUUUCAUGCGCUUCCAAUCCAAAGGCCUUUCAUCUCAAAAAUCUGUGAAACUUGAAUAUGUUUUGCUUCAGUGAGAUGCCACAUAUGGUAGUCAACUAGCCUAGAUGGUCUAUGGUGUUUUAUUCAUAGGGGUAUAUAUUUUUUAACUUUAUAAAGCAUUUCUUGAACUAGUCAAAGCAAUCAAGAAUACUCGUGUGUAAACUGGUAGGAAGUUCAAUUCAGUGGUGAAUUCUUCCAGUCGGUCUUAACACUGGUAUGACUAAUGGUGCCUAUGCCAAGUAUGUACUCUAGACAAAACGUAGAUGCUGUGCAUUUCCAAAAUAUUUUGCAUCUGUUACAAGAGAACUUUUAAGAUACUGUUGCACUGACAAAUCCUUAUCAACACUUGCUAUGCGAGAGAUGCAUGAAAUAGAUCUAAGUUGCUUUUUUGUUUGUUUAAGCAAGGCUUAUGAGUGCUGUUAAGCCUUUCCUUUAAUACUGUAAAAGUGUUUGUAUUGUUUGUAGAUACUUUCCUGAUUUUUUAAAAAACCUGGUUACCUAUUUUAGAAUGGGAGAUUUCUAACUUGCUUUACACUGUCAUGUGGUAGCUUUCUUCUGCCUUACAAAGCACUGGAAAGUGCACUCCAUUUUUUUGCUCUGUAAAAGUGAAUUGUGUAUAUUUGUCUGUGUGUACAUAUAUAUAUAUAUAUAUAUAUGUCAGUGUAAAAGGUGAUGGUUACUUUUAUUUUGUGUCUAAGAGAUUGUAUAACUUGUUUUGAUCAGGAGACUUGAGUGUUCAUGAAUUCCCUUCAGAUGCAUGCUAUAAUUAAAAAUGUUUGCCUUUGCUGAUUUA